UGGCAUUGAGAGUGCGUGCUGCUUCUUCCAGACAGUGACUAACUUUUAGCACUGUAAUUUUGAUUUCCUGUGUGUAUGGUUGGUUUCUACAUUGAAUUGUACUGGGGCGGAAAGGUACGAUCGUGAAUGAGAACAACGCAAUGCCGCGCAUCCUUGAGAGGUCUUGUCGCCGUGACUGAAGAAGGGUCGACGUGGAAAUAGAGGGGAGGGAAGCGAUCAAGACCAGGGAUUAAGAUAUGAAAUUACGCCUAUUUGCAUGGCCAGUUUUUCUCCUUGCAUACACUGUGUUUGCUGCGCUGCCUAGACCUUAUAAUGUGAGGAUGGAUGCAGUGAACACUCGAUACAUCAUGAAAUGGGACUGGAAUCACUCCAUGGCCAAUCACAACAUCACGUUCACCGCUCAAUACACAUUUUCUCAUAAACAGUCGGACGGGAGGUCCUACACAGGGAUGUGUAUCAGGAUAACUGAGGCGAGGUGUGACUUCUCUAGGGAGCUGAACUUCUACAUGGGGUCAUACAUACUGAGAGUGAGGGCCGAGGGCAGGGGUCAGAUGUCAGACUGGUACAUGCUGAAGUUCGUUCCUGAUGAACAUGCGGACCUAGGCCCCCCAUCCCAUGUGGCGUUCGAUCCAGGGGACACCAUGUUAACAGUGAGCUUCAGGGAGCCAAUGACGGAGCAGAACACCCCCAUGAGAUCUGUGUUAGACAUGUCCUUCAGUCUGCAGUAUUGGGAGAAGCAUUCACCCAGCAAGAAACAAGAGAAAGUUUUUGACUCCACAGAGGGAACAUUGUUCCCGCUGAAGCCCUGGACAGAGUACUGCCUGCAGGUCAAUGCAUUCAACAAAUUGUACAAUAAGACCAGCCCAUACACACAGCAACAGUGUGUGAGGACCCUGGGAUAUCCUCCGGUGUGGAAGGUGUUGCUGCCUCUGCUGGGCUGUGUAGCUCUGAUGACGACAGUGCCUGUCUACAGAUGCCACAAAAAGAGAAAAAGUAUUGUCUCAAAGCACACAUUUCCCAGCAGUAUACUGCAUAACACACAGGAUACAAUAUCCCUUCUCCUCCUGCCUCGGGAGGAGAGCUGUGUGGCCACAGUUGUGGUGGCUGUACAGGUAGAGCAGACAAGCCAGGGUCAACAGCAACAGGUCAAGGGUCAGGGAGAUGUUGAGGCGGAGCAGGACAGUGGCUCCUCCUCCAUCCAGAGAGGACAAGGCAGCUCCAGUCAGGACUCUGGGAUCUACUCAGGAGAAGACAGUGGAAAGAAGAGCGCAGGAUCAACAACAACAAGUCAACCUAAAGAGACCCACUGAGAAGAAAAAAAAUGGAUCCCCAUAGCAAACUGCUGUAGAGCAAUUAGUGGAAUUUUGGGAAGCAGCUUGGAUUCACUGUCAAGAGGAGAGCUCUUGGGGAAAUUCUCUUUUAGUCAAAUGACUUUUUAAGACAUUUUUAGACUAGCUAUAAGACCCGAUGCAUUUCUCUAGUUGAGUUUAUUGAGUUGCCUGGGAAUAAUGGCCAAUAAUGCAGGUUAUGGAAUGUACUGUAUAUGUUAUUAUUUUAUGUUAUUCCCAUGCAAUAGGAGAUAUGAAAUAUAUUUUGCUCAGAUAAUUCACAGGCCAUUUAGAGUUCCUCUGUGCAGUGUUCUUUUGCCCAUCUUAAACUUUUCUUUUUAUUGA